AUGGAGAGCAGGGAGGACAAAUCCCCGGGGCAGAACCAGGCAGCAGAGGCCGUUUUGAGCAGCUCCACGGUGCAGGAACCCAACGGGGAGGAAAAGCACCGGAGAUCCUGCACGAGGAGGGGCUGCAAACGCAGAUGGCGGGGAUCUGAGGGGGAAAGAGCCAGCCUGGGCCGGGAAGGCGGCCAGAGAUGGAGCCAGAGCUCAGAGCUGGUGCUGCAUGAGCAGCUCCAUGAUGGGGAGAAGCCCAACACGUGUGGGGAGUGUGGGAAGAGCUUCAGGUGGCGCUCCCUCCUGAUCAAUCACCUGAGGAUCCACACAGGGGAACGGCCCUACGAGUGUGGGGAGUGUGGGAAGAGCUUCAGGAGGAGCUCCAACCUGAUCCUGCACCAGAGGACCCACACUGGGGAACGGCCCUACGAGUGUGGGGAGUGUGGGAAGAGCUUCAGUCAGAGCUCCCACCUGAUCAAUCACCAGAGGACCCACACUGGGGAACGGCCCUACGAGUGUGGGGAGUGUGGGAAGAGCUUCAGUCAGAGCUCCCACCUGAUCAGGCACCAGAGGACCCACACUGGGGAACGGCCCUACGAGUGUGAUCAGUGCAGGAAGAGGUUUUACACCAGCUCUGAUCUCCUCAAGCACCAGCGCACUCACACAGAGGAGAGGCCCUUCCGCUGCCCCGACUGCGGGCAGGGCUUCAGGCACAACUCCCAUCUUGUCAUGCACCUACGCAUCCACACUGGGGAGAGGCCUCAUGAGUGUGGGGAAUGUGGGAAGAGCUUCAGCCGGAGCUCCACCCUGAUCCUGCAUCAGAGGACUCACACUGGGGAGAGGCCCUACGAGUGUGUGGAGUGUGGGGAAAGCUUCAGCCAUCAUUCCACCCUGACGCGCCACCAAAAGAUCCACACUGGGGAGAGGCCCUAUGAGUGUGAUAAAUGCAGGAAGAGGUUUCGGAUCAGCUCACAUCUCCUCCUGCACUAUCCAAUUCACAGAGAGGAGAGGCCCUUCCAGUGCCCUGACUGCGGGAAGGGAUUCAAGCACAACUCCACCCUCAUCAACCACCAGCGCAUCCACACAGGGGAGAGGCCCUAUGAGUGUGAGGAGUGUGGGAAGAGCUUCUCACACAGCUCUCACUUGACCCGACACCAACGCAGGCACCGGUGAGGGAAGCCCUGCGAGUGCCCCGAGUGCGGCCGGAGAUGGAGCCAGAGCUCGGAGCUGGUGCUGCAUGAGCAGCUCCACAAUGGGGAGAAGCCCCACAAGUGUGAGGAGUGUGGGAAGAGCUUCAGGUGGAACUCUGAGCUGAUCAGGCACCAGAGGACCCACACUGGGGAACGGCCCUACGAGUGUGAUCAAUGCAGGAAGAGGUUUCAGACCUGCUCCAAUCUCCUCCUGCACCAUCACACUCACACAGAGGAGAGGCCCUUCCGCUGCCCCGACUGCGGGCAGGGCUUCAGGCAGAAUGCCCAUCUUGUCAUGCACUGACACAUCCACACUAGGGAGAGGCCCCACGAGUGUGGGGAAUGUGGGAAGAGCUUCAGGCACAGCUCCAACCUGAUCAGGCACCAGAGGACCCACACCGGGGAGAGGCCCUACAAGUGUGGGGAGUGUGGGAAGAGCUUCAGCCAGCAUUCCAACCUGCUUGUCCACCAAAGGAUCCACACUGGGGAGAGGCCCUACAAGUGUUCCAAGUGUGGGAAGAGGUUUAAGACCAGCUUCCAUCUCCUCCAGCACUAUCAGAUUCACAGAGAGGAGAGGCCCUUCCAGUGCCCUGACUGCGGGAAGGGAUUCAAGCGCAACUCCACCCUCAUCACCCACCGGCGCAUCCACACUGGGGAGAGGCCCUACGAGUGUCCCCAGUGUGGGAAGAGCUUCUCACACAGCUCUACCUUGACCGGACACCAACGGAGGCACCGGUAAGGGAAGCCCUGCGAGUGCCCCGGGUGUGGGAGGAGUUUGUGCACUGCUCCAGCUCCAUCCCCCACUGGAGGAGCCACUUUGGGCAGAGCCCUGGUCACCCACAUUCCUUGUGAUCCUUCUUGGGAACACACCUGGCUGCUUCUCCUUUUUUUUUGGCCUCAGUUUUUUUCUGAUUCAUCUUUAUCCCUUAAAAACAGCACAGAGUUAAAAGAAAGAAAUUGUUUAAAGAUAUCUAAAGUUUCACAAUUUCAGAGGUUUUUGAAGGGGAAUUGAUGGUUUGGGGACAAUAUUCUGGAGAUUUGUGGGUUCUGGGUGGAUUUUGGGCAGUGUUCUCCAUCUCUUUGCACUCUAAAAGCCAAGAGGGUCACCUCAAAACAACUGAAUCCCACUGAAAACAACUGAAUUUAAUUCAUACAGGCUCAAUCCCAGCUCAGAAUGGCUUGUUGCUACCUCAGAAAAACUCAAUCCCAUGCCAAACUCACUUGAUUCCAGAGCCUCAAGAGUGAGAUGGGAUUGGAAGGAGAUUGGGAGAAUUGGGAUCCAAAUUCGGG